AUGAUGAGCGCACGUGGUACUCGUGGACGGGGUACUAGAGGCCGUGGUAGGGGCUGUAAAGGGGCUGGAGCUGAGUCCUUCGCAUCUGAUACGAUUCUGAAUUUGGAUACUAGUAAGAUGCCGGUAUCCCCUGUUACUGAGACUAGUUAUACUGAUGCGAGACGACGUGAGUUCCUGAAUCUCACUCAGGGAGAUCGUUCAGUAGCUGAGUAUGAGGCUGAGUUUCUGAGGUUAAGCAGCUAUGUGCGAGGCAUGGUGGCAACCGAGUAUGAGGACUGUGUUCGGUUUGAAGAUGGUCUUCGAGACAGUCUUUGGGUUCUGAUAGCUCCUCAGAGGGAGCGGGAUUUCUCUGUAGUGGUGGAGAAAGCUAAGAUUGCUGAUAAAGUUAAGCGCGCUGAGCCCCAAAAUCGAGACAGAGGGAAGGCUAAGAGAGAUUCUGAGCCUUCGAAUACUGGGAUGAGGCCUAGGAAAAAGGUCAGAUCUGAUGGGCCCGUGGGGGUUGGGCCUAUUGUUGCAUCGAUGAGGGUGGAGAUCUGCCAGCUCUAUAAUAGGCGUCAUCCGGGCGAGUAUUGGAGGACUACUGAGGCUUGUCUUAGAUGUGGUUCUACUGAGCAUCGAGUUAAGGACUGUCCGUUGAGAGCUAAUCAAAUGCAAGCUCCAGUUAAUAAGACUGCACAGUCGUCGAGGGAGGUUCAGCAGCCACCUAAGGGCCGAGGACAGGCCAGGGGUGACAUAGGUUUUACACACUGUUAUGUAGCUAGUACCGUGUUUGAGACCUUGGGGUUACCGUCUGAGAGCACUUCGAGUGAGAUACUGAGUCCGUUGGGGCAGUCUAUUGGAGUUAGUAAAUUAUUUAAGGAUGUUUAUUUGGAAGUCCAAUGGACGGUAUUUCUGGCUGAUCUGAUGGAGCUUCCGUUUGGGGAGUUGACAUAA